AUGGUGCAGACGGCGCUGCGUGGGUGUGUUAGUGGAGACGGUGUUGGGCGCGUUCAUGCUGGAGAAGCCUCCGGACGCUUUCGUGGGGGUGCUGGUGCUGCAUUUACCUGUUGUGGUGAUGAUGCUGCUGGACUCGGUCGUGGCGGAGGAGAUGGUGCUGGACGCGUUCGUGGUGGGGCUCAGGACGCCCAUGGCGGAGAAGGUGCUGCAGGCGCUCGUGACGAUGGCGGGACCGGAUGGAUUCGUGGUGGAGAAGGCGCCGGGUGCACUCACGGAGGUGGUUGCUCUGGACGUGCCCAGGGUGGAGAAGGUGUUGCGCUUGUGUCUGUGGUGAUGGCGGAGUUGGAUGCCAUCGUGGCGGAUAUGGCGUUGCGCGCGCUUAUGGUGGCGCUGAACGCGUUUGUGGUGGUGCUGACCGUACCGGACGCGUUCGUGGCGAGAAGGCGCUGCACCGUUGUGUAG